AUGUUUUCCACAUUUACCGUCAAAUAUUGGGUGUCAGAUGACAUCGGCUAUGUGGUGUAUUCAGCUCUAGGCAGCUUCUAUAUACCAUCAUGCAUCAUGGUGUUUGUGUACAUAAGAAUAUACUACGCCGCGAAAGCACGAGCGAGAAGAGGUAUUAGAAAAAAUCCGCGUCCACGGCCGAAUGAACAGCAGACGAGCUUUUCAAACGCGCCGAAAGGCACGCGACCUAUGCCGACAUCAUCCUCGCUGUCAAUGCCGCCCGGUGUAGAUGCCAGUAAUUCUAAUAAUAAUAGAGAAGGUCAGAUAUCUACUAUCGAGACACAACAAGUAGCGAUACCAACAGUGACCUGUGACUUUGCCUCUGAUAUAUCAACCAGCGAGGCAGGAGACGGCGGUGCUGUUGAUGAAAGAAAGGACACAUUAAAGGUGGUAACAGCGGCCCAAGUAACAAGAAAUCCCCUCGCAGCAUGUCCAUACAGAAGUUCGACAUUAUCUGUGAAUGGAGAAUUACAACUCCAGGCACAAAGAGGCCGAGCUCCAAGCGUCGCAAUAGACACGGACAUGGUAUCAGAAUUAGAGCCUUCAUCAUCCGAUUCUGGUGUCGUUUCUCGUUGUGCCGUAGUAAAACCUCUUAAGCUAAGAAUAUGUCAGCCGAUAUUCGGCAAAAAACACGAAUCUUCUCGGAGACAGGAAAAAGCACAGCCAACUAAAGCAGAAUUAGAACCAGCGCUGCCAAAACAGCAUAAACCAAGGGAUCCAGAACGUGAGAAAAGAAGAUUAGCUAGAAAGAAAGAAAAAAGAGCGACAUUAAUAUUAGGUUUAAUUAUGGGCAGCUUUAUAGCUUGUUGGCUGCCAUUUUUCUUCCUUUAUAUUUUAAAAGCAGCAUGCAGGAGUUGCAUGAUACCAGCUAGUGCGUUCGCGAUUGCGUUUUGGUUGGGUUAUAUGAAUUCUGUGCUGAAUCCUGUUAUAUAUACAAUAUUUAACAAGGAUUUCAGAAGAGCGUUUAGGCGUAUACUGUUCAAGUGA